AUGAGAUUCGUGGGAUUUACGGUUAUAGCGUGCACGUUCCUCGGAUUUUCCGGCCAAUCCACCGUUCACGGACAGAGAAACGUCGUGAGCGAUCAGAAAACCAGGCCUGUCAAUCUUUUCAUCAUCAACGACGAGGCGAACAAAGUGGCGAACAGUAGCAUAAUCGCGGCCGUAAAGGCCAUCAAAGAGAAGCAUCCGAAUUAUUUGGGCAGGAUAUGGAGCGUGCAGACCAACGAUUCGGACGUGAACGACACUUUGGACCGUAUCUGCAACGUUUGGGACGCGGCUGUAGAAAAAGGCACCGACAAAGUUCCAGAUUUCGUGAUAGACACGACGACAGCCGGUUUAAGCGCGAAAAUAUCCAACUCUUUCACCGUCGCCCUCGGUAUCCCAACGUUGUCCGCUCAAUACGGCCAAGAGGGAGAUCUUCUAUACUGGAGGAAUUUGAACGCUGAUCAGCAAAGCUACUUAAUCCAAGUAAUGCCUCCGGGAGACUUAAUACCGGAGGCCGUCAGGCAGUUGGCGAUCCAACUGAAUAUUACAAACGCGGCUGUUCUCUACGACCAGAAUUUCAUCAUGGACCACAAGUACAAAAGCUUGUUGCUGAACGUACCAACCAGACACGUGAUUAACGAAGCGUCACAACAGGUGAUGAAAAUGAGACGACAGUUGCCGCGUUUAAGGGAUCUGGACAUAGUGAAUUAUUUCAUUUUGGGCGAUGAAAGUACCCUUAACGUAGCCCUAGAAGCAGCCGAGGCUUUGAAUUUCACCGGAAGAAAGUACGGCUGGUUUCUGCUGACUCCUGAGGCAAACAUUUGGCCCAGAUGUGAGUGCAGAAAUAUGACCGUUUUAUUCAUGAAACCGGAGCUGAAAGAGAGGAGGCCAACGGUGGACGCGACAUUGCCGAAACCGAUCAUCUCGUCUGCCUUUUAUUACGAUUUGCUCCAGCUGGGUGUUCGAGCGAUGAAAUCGGCCUUGGACAACGGAGAAUGGCCGCUGCAACCGAGGCAAAUCACCUGCGACGAGUACAACAAUACGAAUACACCGGAGAGAAAGUUCGAUUUUUUCGGCAAGUUGAAGGAUAUUUAUGCGAAUAUGACGCCAACUUACGCUGGGAUCAAAUGGGGAAACAAGAACGGUGAACAUCAGGCGAAAUUCGAGAUGUCUAUUCAUUUGGUGAACAUAGAAGAUGGAGUUGCUACGAAUACUGUCGACAGCGGAUCUUGGAACGCGAGUGUCUCUGAACCUUUGCUGAUAACAAACAACGACGUGAUGAAUACAACAGCGGUGAAGAGCUACCGUGUGAUCACCGUAAUUCAUCCGCCAUUUGUAAUGUACAACCAGGAAAAGAACGAGUACUACGGCUUCUGCAUCGAUCUGUUGAACGAAAUCAAGGACACGGUAGGCUUCCAGUACGAAAUUCGAGAAACCGACAGUAAAUUGUACGGUAAUUUAAGUCCAAACGGAACCUGGAACGGGAUGAUGAAGGAAUUGAUCGACAAACGUGCCGACAUCGCUUUGGGCUCGCUAUGGGUCACAGCUGAAAGAGAAAGAGUGGUCGAUUUCACUGUUCCCUAUUACGAUCUAGUCGGUUUGUCUAUUAUGAUGUUGAAAACCAAGACUUCUACGUCGUUGUUCAAAUUUCUAACCGUACUGGAGAACGAAGUUUGGUUCUGCAUAUUAGCUGCCUACCUGUUCACCAGCGUUCUCCUGUGGAUCUUCGAUCGUUGGUCGCCGUACAGCUACCAGAAUAACAGGGAGAAAUACAAGAACGACGACGAGAAGAGGGAAUUUAAUUUAAGGGAGUGUUUCUGGUUCUGUAUGACCUCUUUGACGCCACAGGGUGGCGGCGAAGCACCGAAGAACCUUUCCGGAAGGCUCGUCGCUGCUACAUGGUGGCUAUUCGGAUUUAUUAUUAUCGCUUCGUACACGGCGAAUCUCGCCGCUUUCCUCACCGUCUCCAGAUUGGAGAUCCCGAUUGAAACACUCGAGGACCUCAGCAAACAGUAUAAAAUCCAGUACGCCCCGGUAUUGAACUCUCCGGCUUACACUUACUUCAAAAGGAUGGCUGCCAUCGAGUGGAGAUUCUACGACAUUUGGAAGGAGAUGAGCCUGAACGACAGUUUGUCGGAGGUGGAGAGAGCUGAAUUGGCGGUGUGGGACUAUCCUGUGAGCGACAAGUACACGAAGAUGCUGCAAGCGAUGGAGGAAGCAGGUUUUCCAGCGACGCAAGAGGACGCGGUGAGAAGAGUUAGGCGUGUCGACUCGAACAACGAGUUCGCCUACAUAGAAGACUCGACAACUAUAAAGUAUCUCACCAUGACGAACUGCGACCUGGUUCAAGUGGGCGAAGACUUCUCGAGGAAGCCUUACGCCAUCGCUGUACAACAGGGCUCGCCUUUGAAGGAUCAGUUCAACAAUGCAAUCUUGAUAUUGUUGAAUAAGAGAAAAUUGGAGAAAUUGAAGGACAAAUGGUGGAAGAAGAACCCGGAUAAGAAAGACUGCGACGCGGAGAAUAGUCAGAGCGACGGUAUAAGUAUCCACAAUAUCGGCGGUGUGUUCGUUGUGAUAUUCUUGGGUAUAAUAUUCGCCUGUUUCACAUUGGCCUUCGAGUACUGGUAUUACCGACACCGUACGAAGAUCACGAAGAUCGAUCGGAAUAACUCUGGCAAGGGUAAAUUGUCGAAAGUGAAACCGCUCAGAUUCAAUCUUCAACCGGCGCCCACUCACGCUUUUCAGAGCACCAACUUCAGAUCGAAAUUUUAA